AUGGCUCCAUGCGGAGGAAAAUGGUGGAUAAAGAAGGAGAGGAAAAUUGUACACUGUGCAUCGCCUAUUUGCAGCGUGUACACGGAAUACUCGUCGCAGCUGCCACGACUGCAGCCAAGCAAUAGCGAAAAAGCAACAAUAACAACAUCAACAACAAUAUCAACAGCAACGUCAGCAACAACAGCAACAACAACAACAUCAACAACAAUAUCAACAAAUACACAACAACAAUAUAAGCAGCAACAAGAGCAACAACAACAACAUCAACAACAUCAACAACAAUAUCAACAGCAACAUCAGCAACAACAGCAACAACAACAACAUCAACAACAACAUCAACAACAAUAUCAACAACAAUAUCAACAACAACAUCAACAACAACAUCAACAACAAGAACAUCAACAAUAAUAUCUACAACAACAACAGCAACAACAACAACAAGAGCAACAACAGCAACAUCAAAAGCAAGAACAACAAUAUCAAAAACAGCAACAACAACAACAUUAAAAGCAACAACAACAACAACGUCAAUAA